AUGUACGUGCGCAGAGCUGGCAGAGCCGCCUCGUACCCGCUGCGUGGCAUCUGGUAUUUUAGCCGGACAAGGGAAUUCUGGCCGCUUUUCCUCGCACGCCUGCUGCCUCUUUCUCUCAUCUCACUCGUCGUUUAUUUCAUCUUGUUCGCUUUUGCUUUCUUGCCGCAAUUUGCCUUCUUGGCGAUUUUCCACGGUUGGGGAGCAUGGGUAAAUGCCGUCGUGCUAGUCUUAGGCGAGGGUUUGGUUAUCAUCCAAGGUCUCUUCGAGGGCUUCUUUGUCGAUGAAUGUCGCGUCGAUGUCUAUGAUGCCACUUUGAUUCAGAACUCGCUUGAAGAUCUGGUGGCUCCCCACCGCGUUCUGUACCCCGAUGCGCCGAAUGCCGUCAGAAUGCUUGGCAAGCCUACCAGCCCUGCCAUAUACACGCCAUGGAGCAUCAUUCAGAUUGUCGAACUGAUAGUAUUUCUCCCCUUGAAUCUUAUUCCUUUUGUGGGGACCCCGGCAUUCAUCAUGAUUACCGGUUCUCGACUGGGAAAGCUGGCGCACUACCGCUGGUUCCAGCUCCGCGGUCUGUCCAAGGCCGAGCAGAGGAAGGAGCUGAAGCGUCUCAGCUGGGAAAAUGUAUGGUUUGGCUCAGUGGCCAUGAUUCUGGAGCUCAUUCCCAUUUUGUCAUUCUUCUUCCUCUUGACAUCUUCAACCGGAGCUGCGCUGUGGACUGCGCGGAUGGAACACGAGGCGCGACGACGCGAUCUUGAAGCGGCGACAGAACCAGCUGCGCCUCCUCCAUACACGGAUUAUGUUGCAUAA